AUGGAGAGGCAGACCUUCGCGGAGCAGCUGCUGCUCGCUCCCGAGAGGUGCGAGGCAGAACUUGCCCGGGCCCGGCAGACAUACCGGCCAGGCCUGGGCAGCUUCCAGUGGGAGGAGCUGGGGGCCGCCUUCGAGGCCGGUGGCGAGCAGCUGCGGGUGCUGGGGGAGGUGCGCCCAUGCAAAGAUGCUUCCCUGGAUGCGGAGUUCAUCGUCCACCUCGCCUUUCGGGGUUCCGUGAACCAGGAGAAUCUGGCCACGAACCUGCAGGCGCAGCUGGUGCCGCUGAGUUUGGGCGCCUGCGAGGGCAUGGUGCACCGGGGCUUCCAGGAUGCCUAUUUAGCGCUGCGGCCGCGGCUGUUGGAGAGGCUCCGCUGCGUGGGGCGCUCGGCCUUGGUGCGCGCCACGGGCCACAGCCUGGGCGGCGCGCUGGCAAUGCUCGCGUGCUACGACUUGGCGACCAGCCGGGGCUUGCGCUGCGAGUGCGUCACCUGGGGCGCGCCGCGUGUGGGGGACGCCGCGUGCGGCGCGCUGUUGCAGCAGCUCCGCCUGGCGCGGUUCGUGAACAGGUUCGACGUGGUGCCCAGACUGCCGGCGAGCCAGGAAGAUGAGGCAGACCAGGGCUACUUGCAGCAGCAGUUGAGCUCCCUGCUGGGCGUCCAUCAGCAGCGCCUGGGCGCCAGCGGGUAUGUGCACCCCUGCCCUGCCCUGGAGCUCGAUGCUUCGGCGGCGGCGGCGGUUCUGCACUGGGCCAAUGCCGGGCGCAGCGUUCUGCAGUCGCUUGCCAAAAUCCGUGCCACCAACAGUCACGUCGACCGCGCCUCAGUGGCUGCGGGAGAGGUGCUGAAGAAUGCAGACGCGCUGUUCCCUCACAGGAUGGACGCCUACGAGCGGAACCUGCGGCUCCGGCUCCGGGGCCCCUCAGCGCUGCUGCGGGUCGUCAAGGACUUUUUUACCAGUUGCGCGGCGAUUCCGUCGAUUGCCCUGCACAUGCUGUUUCCGCCGCUGUUGAUGCCAGUGUCAUGGUUCAUGGCAGGAGCCAGCGUGAAGGAGCGCCGGCCGGCCGACCUGGGCAAAAAAGGAGUGUUCUUGGACCGAGCUGCCACGCAGCCACAAAGGCGCGGAGUGAACCUGGGCGGAUGGCUGCUGCUGGAAGCGGGACCCUCUGCGCCCCUGAACCCGGGGCGCUGCGAGUGGGACUUCAUGGAGUUGCUCAGGAAGCAGCAGGCCUUAGAUGUGCUUCACCGGCACCGAGAGACCUUCCUCUGCAGAGAGGACUUUGCGGCCAUCCGCAAGAUGGGCCUCAACGCCGUGCGGAUCCCCUUUGGCUACUGGAUCGUGACGGGGCCCACUCACGGCGAUCCCUACGAGGGGCCGGCGCUGGAGCUGCUGGACCGCGCGGUGCAGUGGGCCAAGGACUUCGGCCUCGAGGUCCUCCUGGACCUGCACGGCUGCCCCGGGGGUGAGAGCGGCAGCGCGCCCUGCGGCCGCAAAAACCGGGGCUGGACUUGGAAGUCCUGGCGGAUACCGGAGACGCUCCACGCGUUAGAGGUGGUGGCGAGGCGCUACUGCGACCAGCCGCACGUGACAGGCCUGGCGGUAUGCAACGAGCCUUCCCGGCUGAUCCCCGGCGAGGUGCUCGCGAACUACUACGACAAGGCGGUGAGCCUGAUCCGUGCCUGCGGCAUGAGCGCCGAGCGGGUCACAGUGGUCCUCCCCGUCUUCCAGCGGAGCGUUCCGGAGUUCGCGGAGACGUGGCAGCGCAUCUCGGGCGGGCGCCACGAGAACUUCUGCUUCGACGUCCACUACUACCACUGCUUUGAGGACGAGUGGAACCGAAAGACCUUGGCAGAGCACCUCCGGGCGGUGGAAGAGAAUCGAGAGGAGCUGCAGAGGUUCCCCGCGGUGGUCGGGGAGUGGAGCCUGGCUCUCGGCGGCCGCGCCCAGACGGAGCUGCCCUCGCAGCAGGCCAUGGGCCUCUUCGCGCGGCAACAGUUGGCUGCCUACGCAUCGGCCUCGCACGGCUUCUUCUUUUGGAAUUGGCGCGACAGCGCCGGCGUCGCGUGGGACUUCCGCAACUGCUUUCAGCAGGGCUUGUUGGCCGGUCCGGGCGCUGAGCGGCUUUCCUCGACCACCAUAGACUUACCAGAGAUCAGCAGAAGCUUGCGCUUUUGUGGCUUCGGAUUGAUUCCUUGGCAAUUCACAGCCAAGCUCUCCGGAAACUGCGCCCUGAGACCCGGCUUUAGCUUUCCUUUUUACAUAGGAUGUCAGCUCGCGCCCGCGCCGCGGCUCUGA